GACCCGGCAUUUCAUGCGUUUUAGUUACCCAGCCUUUUGCAUUACUUUGCUGUCGCGUCCCCCGGUUGCACUUGUUUUAACUUGCUUCAAGUUGCGGCAUCAUCCCUCCCCGUCGUCCCAGGUUGACACGACAGAUUUCGUCUCAUCAUGGCUACCAUGUUGAACACAAACUCUCUGCAACCGCCUAAAACGGGCUCCUCUCGCUGGUCUAAAGCUCUUCCGGAUGUCCCAAGCCCGGACGACCCAAGCUUUUAUGACGAUUAUUACGAAGAGGCUUCCCCUCGUCUGCCACCAGCAAAAGAACUUCCUCCGCCACCACCGCGCUCGACUAGCAUAGGCAACGCAAAUGCAAAGUCAUUGCCACCAUCACUGCCGCCGUUGCACCUGCUUUUAGUCAAUUUCCCUCCAUCUGGUCCGCCCAAAAUGGCGAUCCCACGUCGACCCAUAGGCAAACUAUCGGCGAAUCCACCACCACCACCCCAAAAGGAGUCCCAGCUGUCAUCUCCGUCGCAAGCACCUCCCUCACCUUCCGACUCACUGUCGAGUAUCUUAUCAGCCUACUCGCACUCUUCGGGCGAAUCAUUGGUUAGAUCACCAUACGAAGCUAACAGCAGUGCUUUCCAAAUUGAGGCAAACACAUCACCGAGCCACCAAGGUCCACCUGCCAACACCAAGACUGGCAUGUUGGAAAGCGCCUCCACCCGGCACCAGUUUCAGCAACAUCAACAAUAUGAUGCACCCAAGUUGCCUGCCAAGGAUCUCCGAACACCACCCUUUCCUUCCAAAGGCACCAAGUAUCAUCUUCCCGCAACUCCUGCUCCAAUUCGGAAACCAGUCCCAGAGAAGAAGUCACCUGAACUGAACUCUCCAUCUUCUCAGUCUCAGUCCCAGCAGCAGCCUCAACUUUGGCGUCGUCGAUCUUCAAAGGCAGACCGAAGUAUUGAGCUUCCCGACCUGACGCUUGCGUCCAGCCACGGGUCGACCGCCGCAACACAACCAACAGUCGCACAGCCACCACCUGCUCAACAGCCUCCCUCAAUCUCCACAGCUCCGACUUGUCAGCCUGGGAGCACCAACGCAGUAGCUCCUGUUGGCCAGGACGUUAGACAGACGCCAGCUGCUGAGCAGGUGCUUGAGAGCCCUACGAUGGGUAGCAACAGCUCCAAACUUAAUCGUCUCAAAGACAAGCUCCAGUUUCACCGAAGAGGGAAAUCGUCGAGCGACACGACCAAGUCUCCAAAUCAGCGACCCGGGGUACAUCGCCCUCCAACUCCUGAAUAUCAGAAGGAAGAUAUCAAGACACCCAUUGUGGAUUCAAUUGCUUCACCUCUAUCGCCCGCUUCAUCACCAGAGCCUGUUGCGCAGGUGUCGCCAGAGCUUCCCAACGAUAUCCCCCAAAUAUCUCCUCAGCGCCAAAACCAGGAGCCAUCCAGAAAUACAGGCAGCAUUACACGAAAGGCUAUUACAGCUCCUAAGCUUUCAAGUCUUGAGCAGGACAAGCCUUUCUCCGAAUCAUUAAAUUUGAAAAAUGAAUCUCCGCUUGUAGGAUCACUGCCUUCUUCACUCACAGAUUCGAAGGGCAGUGGAGGAUCCUCCAGCAGUGACACUGCAGUCCACCAGGCUCAACCUCCUGCAGAAUUGCCUUCUAGGUUCCCACCACGAGAUUCAUCAGCUCGAUCGAAUGCUCUGCCCCGACAAUUAUCAGCUGAACACGACCCACGACUAGUACCAUCCGACUCUCAAGGGCCUCUCUACAGAGGCAGAGACGGUACCCUGUACCCGGAAAUGAGGGUCAUGCAAGAGUACGACCCGCAAGUCGCAUAUUUCCCUAGACAGUACGAACCUCCUAUUGCAGAGGGCACCAUCUUCAAAGCACCACCUCUCAAAAAGUCACACUUUUCUUGUUAUCAUGGACAUAGGACGAUGAACCGCCGAACCAACAGACAUUAUCCAUUAACAUGCCAAACUUGCGACAAGUCAGAUGUUGAAGAUCGAUGGACUUGUACUUUCUGCCAUUUACGAAUAUGCGAACCCUGCGUCAAGAAGCUUCACAAUAGUAGCAACGACCUCCGCCGUAUGGUUAAUAGCCUGCAGGUUACGGCAUAAUUCUACGUAAACCAACACUACCACCAUCCAAUUUGUUUUUAUAGGGCUCACCCGUCAACCACCACUUUUUACAGCCAUGUUAUUCGCACUUAUCGUUAUUGUGCUUUUCUUUUGUUGCGCAUAGAGUUUGUCACGGGGCUGCUUUGUUUGAUACAUUGCAUGCAUUAUAUGAGAGGGUUACUCGUGGAAGGAGUCCCCGAGGGAGGAUAUAGACGCCGCACGAUGUUAUUUGUUGCGGAUCGGAUGAUACCACGCUUGCUAUCAGAAGCACACCGGUCAAAAAGGACGUGAAAGAGGAAAUGAGGAGGACAUGUUGUCCAAAUGUUGUUGGUCUGAUCUCACGAUAUCAAAGAGAGAAAUGGGCCCAUGUUUGCUGCUGUGAUACGGCAAUCUGAAGGAUACGAAUAAUACCGUGAUACUCUAGAUGGGAUCGCGCUAGGUACUG